CCGCUUCAAUGACUUGAGGGAAAUUAGCCGGGAUGAAUUAAUCUGACACCUUGCCGUUUUUUCUUCCUUGGAGGACUAGGCACCCUGUCUCAUGUAUUUUAAUAUUUGUUAUUUAAUAUAAAAAGAAUAUCUCACCUUCAUGAGCUUUAUGCAAUCUUAAGCCCAUAUCAUUUUUAGACUGUGACACCUGUAAAAUUGUUACUGUUUUUAAUUUAAGAAUAUUUUCCUAAGAAAUAAAAAUUGUGUAAAAUGUAAUUAUUAUUUUUUGUACAGUGCAGUAUUAUCAUCAAAUCUCUUCAGACUGAACAAUAGACUGUUUAACUGUUGUGAUUGUUUGCCCUUUCCUUCUACAGUCAGUGGUGCAGAUCCAUCAUGAAUGAAACGCAAACAUCUGGAGAUGAAGAUUUUAUUCCACAAUGCAGUGCUGAUCAUGGAGGAGAGUCCAGUAUUACAGCAGGAAUGAAAAAAUAUGCCUGUUUUCUAACACUGGAUCCAAACACAGCAAACAAUGAUCUCCGUCUGUCUGAGGACAACCGAGAGGUGACAUGUGUGUCUGAUUCUCAGCCAUACCGUGAUCAUCCAGACAGAUUUGAUGAUGUGUGUCAGGUUUUGUGUAGAGAGAGUCUGUGUGGACGCUGUUACUGGGAGACUGAGUGGAGUGGAGAAGUGUUGGUAUCAGUGUCAUAUAAGAGCAUCAGCAGGAAGGGACGGGGUGAAGAGUGUUGGUUUGGAGGUACUGAUCAGUCCUGGAGUUUGAUCUGCUCUCCUUUCAGAUACUCAUUCAGACACAAUGACACAUGGACCGAACUCUCAGUGAAGCCCAUCAUCAUCAGAAAAGGAACUGGAGACUAUGAUAAUGUCUAUAAAGUAGGAGUGUAUGUGGAUGAGAGCGAAGGAACUCUGUCCUUCUUCAGCAUCUCCAGAAACACAAUGAGACUCAUCCACACAGUCCAGACCACAUUCACUCAGACACUCUAUCCUGGGUUUAUGGCUUGGUUUGGAUCAUCUGUGAAAUUGUGUUGAUGAAUCAGAAGAGACUGAUGAGAUUCUACCCAUAAUUCUUUGAGCUGCAUGAUGAAUCAGUAACAGUGAGAUGUUAUGAGUCUCUUCAAGACAUUAAUACUGCAGCUCAACUUCUAUCACUCAAAUAACAGAAUAAACAUUUGUAUCAUUAUAAUUAAAAUGACCUUUCCAUUGAAAAGUUUCUUUUACAAACAUGAA